AUGGAAGCGAUUGAGGGGUCUUAUCGCGUAUGCGCGGGGAAGACCAGCGCCGCGGAGGAUGUCGCAUACUACACACGGAACAUGCGAAUGGAAGAGAAACUAGUCGACGAGGUCUGGUCUACUUUAUCGACUAAGCUGGCGGGGUUUUACCUACCAGAUAACCGGGUGAACCACAAACUAGAUUUGGUCACCAGUUUGACUUCUCGCCUUCCGACUCGCUCGUUAGAGCCACCGUCGUACGACCAACCUCCGCCUACCUACGACGAUGUGAUCCGCGAUCUACCUCCCGAAUACUCCGCACUGCCUCCACUCGCGCAGCGCAAAUCGACGGCUAUUUUCUUAGCGUCAACGACACCUCAAAAAUCGCAUAAAUCGUCAUCUUCGCUGCUGAAAGAUCGCAUGCUGGAUGUACGAAUUGAUUUUGAGAAUCCUACCGGUGUUCGGGAACAUAAGAAGAAAAAGCCCGCAGCAGGAAAGAAAGCAGCACCUGCUCCCUCCCCCCCUCCUCCGCCACCGCCACCGGCGGGCGGGGCUGAUGGAGGAGACGAUAAUGCCAACGGUGACGGUGGUGAUGGUGGGGCUGGUGAUUCAGGCGGCGCUGGAGGCGGCGACGGGGGAGAUGGAGGCGGCGACGACGGCUGGGGCGAUUGGAAUGUGAGUGGAAAGAAGGAUAAAAAGAAGAAACUGGAGGAGGAAGAGGAAGAGAGAAAAGCCAAGGAAGAAGAAGAGAGAAAAGCCAAGGAAGAGGAAGAGAGAAAGGCCAAGGAAGAGGAAGAGAGACUAGCCAAAGAGGAGGAAGAACGACAGGCCGCUGAAGCCUCUGCUGCCAAAGAUCUUAGCUGGGCUGAGGAUAACGGUGGGGGCGAUGACUCGUGGGCUGCCUUCACUAAUGGAGAGGUUGGACCCCCUGGGGGGUUCCAGGACAUAAGUCUGGAUAACGGCGCGCCACAAUUGGACUUGAACUUCGAUAGUCCAGCUCCCAAGACCGGCGGAACUGGGUUUAGUUUCGGAGGAUGGGGCAAAGACUGGAAUACCGGUGGAAAGGUCGAUCCUCUUGGAGACCCUCCCAACGACGGAUCCAAGGACAACAAUCCUUGGGGCGCAACCUCCAAGAAGACUGGUGACUUUGAUUUCGAUUUGGGAUCCGCACCCACCGAAACCAAGCAAGAAGAUGACUGGGGAGUAGGCUGGGACGCGAGCAAAGACAAAAAGGGGACGGAGCCCGAACUAGAGAUUCCUCCGCCUCCGCCUCCGCCUCCACCUAGAGUCGACUUCACACAGGAAGCCUGGUAUCUGAAUCUCUCCAAGAAAGAGCAGCGUAAAGCGAAGAAGGAGAUGGAGAAGAAGUACAAAGACGAAGAUGAAGCUGCGGCAAAAGCGACAGCAGAGUGGGAAGCAGCCAAGGCUGAAGCCGAGGCAGCAGCAGCAACAGCGGCAGCGGCAGCGGCAGAGGCAGAGGCAGCAGCAGCAGAAGCGGCGGCAGCAGAGGCGGCGGCAGCUGUACCUGAACCAGUGGUCGAGGAGACUGAGAAACCACCCGAGGUAGAUACUGACUGGGGUUGGGGUGUUCCAGUGAAGACCAAAGAUAAGAAGAAAAAGAAGAAGAUUGACCUUUUAGCUGAUCCGGAGCCUAUAAUCGAUGAACCCCCGGCAAAACCAACAGAACCAGUCGAUGUUUUUUCUGCUUGGGGGAUUUCCUCAAAGGACAAGAAGAAAAGCAAAGGCAAAGCUGAGCCAGUACCCGAACCAGAACCCGUCCAGGAACCUGAGCCUGAACCUGAACCUGAACCGGAGCCAGAGCCAGAACCCGAACCAGAGCCGGUGCCCGAACCUGAGGCGCCAAAGGUGCCCGACGAGCCUCUGUACGAAAAUUGGCGUGAGAUAUCGUCUAAAGAACGCAAGAAGCGAGAGAAACAAUUAAUGCGCAAGGGCCUCCCCAUUCCCGGCAAGGAUUUCGAGCUCCCAUCAGACAAGCCGCCUGAAGAAGUGCCUGAACCGGUUGUUGAACCGGAGCCUGAACCCGAGCCUGAACCGGAGCCUGAACCCGAGCCUGAACCGGAGCCAAUACCAGAACCGGAACCUGAGCCAGAGCCGGAGCCAGAGCCUGAACCAGAGAAACCGGCCGAAGAAGACUCCUGGGGCAUUUGGGGGCCAGGCUUGACCCCAGAGCCGGAAGCUUUCCAUGACAACGCCGACGAUGUUUGGGCGGAGCUAGCCCCUAAGACAUCCAAGGGCACGAAGAAGACCACGAAAGCCAUCGAACCCCCUAAAGAGGAAAAAGUAUCUAAAGGCUUCUGGUCGACUCUUACCGGAGGUUCUACGAGCAAAACCAAAUCAACGAAGAAGGCGAAAGAAGAGAAGGAACCCGAGCCUAUAGAAGAGGAAGACUUGCUUAUCGAUGUUGACGACAACCCCCCAGCGCCUGAACCAGAACCAGAGCCUGAGCCAGAGCCAGAACCAGAGCCGGAACCAGAACCGGUGCCUGAACCUGAGCCUCCUGCCCCCGAAAAGAUAUCCAAGUCUAAGACUUCUAAGCUCAGCGUAGCUGAACGUAUCAAGGCUUUGGAGCUAGCGAAGAAGGAGAAGGCAAAGGCAGAAAAGGCUAGCUUGAAGAGCAAAGCCAAGGAAAAGAAGGUUGAACCCGAACCAGAGCCAGAGCCAGAGCCUGAACCUGAACCUCCUGUAGAGGAGCCUGCUCCUACAAAGAAGGGUUCAAAAUCCAAGUCUAAGGACUCUGUUCCUGGAAGCUUCCCAGACUUUGGAGAUGAUCUCGAGCCCGAACCUGAGCCCGAGCCCGAGCCCGAGCCUGAACCUGAACCUGAGCCAGAGCCAGAGCCCGAGCCAGAGCCGGAACCCGAGCCAGAGCCAGAGCCACCAGCCCCAGAUCUUUCGAAAAUGACCAAAAAGGAACUCAAGAAGUAUAAAAAGGCCGAAGCCGAGAAAGCCGCAGCCGCAGCUGCCGCGGCAGCUGCCAGGGAACCAACUCCACCACCUCCAGAACCUGAACCGGAACCAGAGCCUGAGCCUGAGCCUGAGCCUGAGCCCGAGCCAGUGCCUGAACCCGAACCCGAACCCGAAGCAGACCCAGUGCCUGAGCCUGAGCCUGAGCCUGAGGUUGACGCUGAGCCCGAGCCUGCACCGGAUCUUACACCCGAGGAACCAGAUGCAAAGGACGAAGCUGCACCGGAGCCAGCCGAAGAGCCUCCAAAACCCUCGAAGAAGGACCGAGCACGUGCCGAACGGAAUACGAACACCUCUCCAUGGGGAGGCUUCUUUGGGGGCCCACCACCCCCAAAGAAAUCCAGUAAGAAGGAAAGUAAGACCCGGGAAGAAGCGGAACCUCCCAAGAAAUUGAAGAAGGAACCCAAAGUUCAAGAGGAAGUGGAACCGCCCAAGAAGUUGAAAAAGGAACCCAAAAUCCAAGAGGAAGUCGAAACGCCUAAGAAAAAAGAAUCUCGAAAACCCCGACCAAAAGAACCGGAGCCAGAAGUGGAAAGGUCUUCUGCGUCAGAUCGGGAGAAGCGGCGAGAACGAGAGGGGCGUUCCUCCAAGAACCAACGUGGCGUGGCCUUGGCCAACAUGGUACUGGGUACACCCCAGUCCAGAAGCAGAUCGACUCGCAAACCUGCUUCUUCGUCGAAGCCCGUAUCUAGACGUCCAUCAUUUGAUAUUGAUGAGAAACCUGCUGAUCCAUCACCUCCGGAUGAGAAGCCUGAGGUUUCUGACAAAGCAGCCAAGUUGAUGGGCAUGGAGGCUUCCAAGUCUCGACGUGAGCGCCCGCGCACGGACAGGCGGAAAUCAGUUCGAGAUCCGUAUGCGAUCGAGGAUGACGAUCUCGUUAUGGUUGAUAUGGAAGAUGUCGAGGGUCAUUCACCUAAGGAGGGUUCCAAGGGCUCAAGGCGCAAGUCAAAGAGACAGUCGCGCCCCAGACCCGACGACGAGGACGAUGCUGUCAUGGUCGACCCAUAUCAAGCACAUGCCGCCCCAGAUGUAAUGUCCGGGCCGGACGAUAUGGCCUUCGUCGACGCGCCGCCAAGGGAACGCCGUCUCAAGCGCUCCAACACCGCACCACCAAAGAAACAAGAGAGCGGUGGAUUCAUGGGUCUCCUCGAUUCCCUAAGAAAAGGCACACGCCAAGACCGACCAGAACGCCCCGAAAUGCCAGAAAGACGAAAGUCACGCUCAUAUCGCGACGAUGACGGAAGAUAUCCUCCUGAAAUGGAGCGCGACGGCGCUCGUAGAUCACGUCGCGAAGAUCGACGCCGAGGAUCUGUCCGACCAGACACCGAUGCCGAAGGGUUCUUUACCGACGCCGCCGGUGUAGCAGCAGGCGGCGAGACAGAAGCCGACGAAGCGGAAGCUCGACGCGCAGCACGACAUGCACGACGUGGAUCCCGGAAGGCACCUUCUGACUCUCGUGAAUAUGAAGCUCGGGAAGCAGAAGAGCGGCGCGCGAGGCGGAAAGAACGCGCACGUGAGCAACGUGCUCGUGAAGAGGAAGAAGAACGUCUACGAGAAGAAGAUCGUUUACGAGAAGAAAAGCGGGCUCGACGAGCUGCACGUGAAGAACGUCGUGCUCGAGAAGAGCAGGCGGCUCGUGAAGCCGAAGCCGAAGCCGCGGCGGAAGCGAGAGCAGCAGAACGCCGUGAGCGCCGGCGGAUGCGCGAAGAGGAGAUGAUGGCCGCGAGAGCGAGUCGACGUCGUGAACGCGAGCAAAGGAUACCUGAUGAUGUGUUCCCCGAUGAACGUGAGGUCGAUCGUCGCGGGGCUCGUAGCUACCGCGCGUUUGAAGAGCCCACUGCCCGUCGUCGCAAGUCUAAGGUCGCUCCUGAACUAACUCGGGAACCACUUAUGACUGGUGGGUUGAAUCCUGGCAGUGGUGCGAAAGACAAGAUUUCCUCUUGGGUUUACUCGCAAACUGAUGAACCUCCAGAGCCACCCCAAAUCGUUCCCACUCUUAUUGAUUUGCCUCCUCUUGCAGCUGACGACGGAGGGCAUGCUCAUUCUCUUUCGUCGGAUGAAGAAGCUCGUCGCGCCCUUCGCCGUAAGGCCCGUCGUCGUGCCAAGUAUGAGGAAGAGAUUGACGAUGCUCGUUCUCGGCAUCGUGGGUCUCGUCGUGAAGGUGUGAAGAGCAGUUCUGGGAGUGGUGAUUAUGAACGUGAUCGUGGGAUGAGGUCCCAGCCGGGGAGUCGACAAGGUGCUCCACCGAGUUCGGGGCCUAAGAAGCCCAGUUGGUUCCGUAAAUUGACGAAUCUGUAA